UUCCUACCCAAAUAACACAUACAAAAGACCCCCUUUAGGCGAUGAGUCGCAGUGAUACGUGUGUAGCUUCACCAGCAAAGAAGCCAAAGGAGGCAAAGCGCGAUCUAACGAAACCGCCUGGAGCCGGCGAGAAUCGCUGCCACCACUACGUUGCUGAUAAGGGCAGAUACUCAGGCAGCAAGUACUGCGGCGAACACUCAGUGCUGCAGGAUGGCCAGAGCCAGCGCGUCCCGUGCCCUUACGACCGGUCCCACUCGGUCGAUAUCCACAGGCUAAAAAGGCACAUGGCCAGCCUGUGCAAUGCGCGACCCCCUGCAGUCCAGCCUGCAUAUGUGAAUCCUGAUCUCAAUGUGUCACUGCCACCGCCCAAUUACGGAACAGGCACAUUUGCUGAAUGCGGAAAGACAUGGAGCGAGGAAGGGCUAGCAAAGGCAGAUGCCAGACUAAUAGGUCAAGCCAGGCGAGCUUUUAUAUCUCGAUGGAGUCCCUUGAUGCGGCCUAUCAUUGCCAAAUACCUUGAGGGCGUGCCUUGUGCACAACUACCUGCUGGAGAUAUGGCAGCAGCAUCGUUUGCAGACCUGCUCGAUGCGGUCCAUGUUUCGGCAGAGUUCAAAAUGGAUGUCACCUCACACACUGCAGUUGACCAGCCCAAAAGCUGGAAGCAGAAUCAAAAAUAUGCCCGACAGCAGUCGUCGCUAGAGUUCUGUUUUGUCGAGUUUGGAGCCGGCAAGGGCGAACUGUCAGUAUACGUCCAUUCGAACGCACGCCGGAAGUUCCAAAUCAUUCAAGAAGAUUCAGGCCAAGAAAAAUCGGCGCACGACCAUUUCCACCGCAUCCUCAUCGAUAUCCGGGACCUCGACCUUGGCCAAAUCAAGGAGCUGCAGUUCGUUGAUGAAGCAACUGGGCAAAUUCGUCUGCGCCCGAUAGUCGCCUACUCGAAGCACCUGUGUGGUGCUGCUACCGACCUGACCAUCAAGUGCCUGGAAAACUACCAGAAUGCUGGUGGUAAGGUGGUUGGAAUGGCGAUUGCACUUUGCUGCCACCAGGUGUGCAAGUACUCGAUGAUGCUGGACCAUGACUAUUUGUCACAAGCUAUUCCCCGCACUCAGCCAGAUAAUGAUAAUGCAUGGGACGAUGGCCAGCGCGAGUUGUUCUAUCGCCUAACCUCCAUGUCCAGCUGGGCGAUCAACGUGCCUGCGCAGCUGUCUGACGCAAAGCAAGACCCGUCGCUGUUCACACAAGACAGCCGCACCCGCAUUGGCCACGCCAUCAAGCGGUUUAUCGACAUUGGCCGUGUCCAGUACGUCCGCCAGCAUCUGGGGCUGCCCAAUGCUGAACUGGUCUACUAUGCGCCGCGUGCAACAUCCCCUGAGAACCUUAUGCUGGUUGCAACUGGCGAUGCCUGCUUCUAGCUAAAUGGCAAGCCGAUUUACCCACUACUUCUAAUAAUA